UCUUAAAAACAAAAUCUUCCAAAUCACCAAUCAAAGAACUAUUCAAACAACUAAUCGCCGUCACCUAAAUCACCCCUUUGAUUCGUCCCCGUCACGCCUUCUUAAUAUUAAAAGGAAAAAACAAUUUCUCGUCGUCCUUUUCGACUUUCUCCGAGUGUUCUUAAUAUUCCUAACUCUCUCGAUCUCCGUCAAAAUAAUCACUCUCUCUUUGUUUUUCCUCACAAUUCUCCGAACAUGCCUUUGAUUUCUCUAUUCUCGAAUAAUCCUUGUAAACUCUUCUUCAUCGUUAAUACUAUAUAAUAUAUAUGUUCUUCUAGCUGAGUUUUGGAAUCAGACAAGGGUUUUACGUUUUACUUUUUUUCUCCAUGGGGAUUCUCUGGGAUUCGUUUCUCUUCUUACUUGUAGCAACUUUUGCUCUGUUCUUAGUUAGAAUCGUGUUAUUCAAAACAGGAUUGAUUUACAUGGUGAAGUUAUGGCGGAGGAAGAUCAUCGACUGGUUUCAUGUUUACCAAUUCUACAAAGUCCCAGAAUUCAACGACAACGUUCAAGAGAAUCAUCUCUACCAAAAAGUAUACUCGUAUCUAAAUUCCUUAAGCUCAAUCGAGAAUUCUGAUUUCACGAAUCUCUUCACCGGGAAAAAGUCCAACGAAAUCAUCCUCCGGUUAGAUCGGAACCAAGUCGUUGGCGACGAGUUUCUCGGCGCUAGAGUUUGUUGGAUUAACGGAGAAGACGAAGACGGAGCGAGGAAUUUCGUUUUGAAGAUUCGUAAAGCUGAUAAACGGAGAAUCCUCGGUCCUUAUCUCCAGCAUAUACAUACAGUAUCUGAUGAGCUUGAACAGCGGAGCACAGAGCUUAAGCUUUUCAUCAACGUCGGAAUCGACGAUCAUCUCAAGAAGAGGAAGAACGGACGGUGGAGAUCAAUUCCGUUUGAUCAUCCUUGUACCUUCGACAACAUCGCCAUGGAAACCGAUCUGAAGAACAAAGUCAAAUCCGAUCUCGAAUCUUUCCUCAAAGGUAAACAGUACUACAAUCGCCUUGGCCGUGUUUGGAAACGGAGUUAUCUCUUAUACGGACCUUCCGGUACCGGAAAAUCAAGCUUCGUCGCAGCAAUGGCGAAUUUCUUAGACUACGAUGUUUACGAUAUAGAUCUCUCCAAAGUUUCAGAUGAUUCAGAUCUUAAGAUGCUUCUGUUACAAACCAGAGGCAAAUCGGUGAUCGUGAUCGAGGAUCUAGAUCGGUACCUCUCGACGAAAUCAACGGCUGUGAGUUUAUCUGGGAUUUUGAAUUUCACUGAUAGUAUUCUCAGUUCUUGCACCGCCGAUGAACGGGUCAUGGUGUUCACGAUGACUGGGAAAGAACAAAUUGACCCGGCUAUGCUUCGACCGGGUCGGGUCGACGUGCAUAUUCAUUUUCCGUUAUGUGAUUUCACGGCGUUUAAAACGCUGGCUAAUAACUACUUAGGUCUUAAAGAGCACAAGCUUUUCUCUCAAGUUGAAGGAAUAUUCCAAAACGGUGCGUCUUUGAGUCCCGCCGAGAUCGGAGAAUUGAUGAUCGCGAAUCGUAGCUCGCCGACUCGUGCGUUGAAGUAUGUCAUCAAUGCUUUGCAGACUGAUGGAGAUCGGAGAGGAACUGGACGACGUUUGCUUUUAGAAAGCGGUUCGAGAAAAUCGACGUCGGAGGAUGUGUCCGAUGAUAUGAGUGGUUUGCUUUGCGGCGGUGGCGGAGGAGGAAGUUCGCCGGCGGUGAAGGAGUUUAGGAAGUUGUAUGGGUUGUUGAGGAUAAAAAGUAGUAGGAAAUCUGGAUCGUUCGAUGUGGCUAGAGAGAUGAAGGACGGCUAGUGAUUAAAAGGUUUUUAUAAGUCAGCAGCCACGUGGGUUGGUUUUAUUGGUUGAAAGAGUCUGGACAAAAAGCGCAAACUAGAGAAUGUUACUCUGUUUUUAUUGUUUUUGGGAUUUAGUUUAUGUACAGAAGUUAAUAUAAAUUUUUGUUUUUUUUUUUUGA